CCGAGCGGCGCCUCGCUGCGCACGCACAUGGCGGCCGGCGCCGUGGCCGGCAUCAUGGAGCACACGGUCAUGUACCCGGUGGACUCGGUCAAGACGAGGAUGCAGAGCUUGCAGCCGGACCCCAAAGCCCAGUACCGGAGCGUGUACGAAGCCCUGAAGAAAAUCAUCCUGACGGAGGGAAUCUGGAGGCCCUUACGCGGCAUCAAUGUCACCAUGCUGGGCGCUGGCCCGGCCCAUGCCAUGUACUUUGCCUGCUACGAAAAACUGAAAAAGACUCUAAGCGAGACUAUCCAGCACGGAGGAAACAGCCACUUGGCCAACGGUGUAGCCGGGAGCGUGGCCACGCUGCUGCACGACGCAGUCAUGAAUCCGGCUGAAGUGGUGAAGCAGCGGAUGCAGAUGUUCAACUCCCCCUACAAGUCCGUCCUGGCGUGCGUAAGGACAGUGCAGAAGACGGAAGGGUUCGGUGCCUUCUACCGCAGCUACACCACGCAGCUCACCAUGAACGUGCCCUUCCAGGCCAUCCACUUCAUCACCUACGAGUUCAUGCAGGAGCAGAUCAACCCGCGCCGCGAGUACAACCCGCGCUCGCACAUCGUGUCCGGUGCCGUCGCGGGCGCCGUGGCCGCCGCCGCCACCACCCCGCUCGACGUCUGCAAGACGCUGCUCAACACGCAGGAGAACACGGCGCUCAGCUCGGUGAACAUCAGCGGGCACCUCUCGGGCAUGGUGAACGCCUUCAAGACUGUCUACCGGCUCGGCGGCAUCCCCGGGUACUUCAAGGGGGUGCAGGCACGAGUCAUCUACCAGAUGCCUUCAACAGCCAUUGCGUGGUCUGUGUACGAAUUCUUCAAGUAUUUCCUCACAAAGCACAAGUUGGAAAAACGCGCCGCCUUCUGAAGACGCUCCGUGCUCGGCGUCUCCGCUGGGAAACGCGCCGGGUCUCAGCAGGAUCCGCAGCCGGAGACCCCGGACCCUCCAAGGAAUGAGGGUUUAAGUGCUCCCCAGCCACGUGCUCCCUGUGGUGCCUGAACAACGACAGAGUUUAUAAAGACUCGUAAUAAUAUAUAUUUAAUAAUGUUAUUUUGGAGAAGUGAAAUUGCUAACUGGUAUUUUUCUCUGAAGUGUAGUUUACUCCCUCACCAGAAGGCCUAGGUUACACCGUCUAAGCUGAUCUUUUUUACAGCGAAGAAGCAAAAUAUCCCAUCACAGAACUUUUAUAUAAAA